AUGCCCGGCAUUCUACCCAUGAAAGUUAUCAAGGUGGGCAACAGCUCACAAAGUCGCAUCGCCCAGGCUUGUGACCGCUGCCGCAGCAAAAAGAUCCGCUGUGACGGAAUUAGGCCAUGUUGUUCACAAUGCGCCAAUGUCGGGUUCGAGUGCAAGACAAGCGACAAGCUCAGCAGGCGCGCUUUUCCCAGGGGCUACACAGAGUCGCUUGAGGAGCGAGUACGAGCGUUGGAGGCGGAAGUCCGGGAACUCAAGGAUUUGCUGGACGAGAAGGACGAGAAGCUCGAUAUGCUCUCCAAGAUGCACAGCAAUCGUGCCCGGCCUGCCGAAUCACCGCGAAGCACUCCGGCAGCAGAGAUAAAGAAGGAUUCCGGGAUACCGGCAAAAGAGAACACAUUCCGCGUCCAAGCAUCGCCCUUGUUGCUAGGUGUCGAGAAUUCGGACUCCUACUUCAUGGGCGCCUCCAGUGGCCGCUCUUUUAUUGAAACAUUCAAGCGCAAAAUCCAAGAGAACGGCAAGUCAUGCACCGACUUCAACCCAGAGGCCUUCUUGCACAUCCAGGGAUGUUAUCCUCUUUCGACAAAGGUGUCCCCUCAGAGCAUGAGGAUACCGCCUAGGCUGUUUUCUGAUCGCUGUGUGAAUGUUUACUUUCAAGAAUGGGCGCCCAUGUUUCCGGUUCUCCACAAGCCAGCUUUUCUUCGUGUCUACGAGGAAUUUGUCGCGGACCCUGAAAAGAUCAAGAACAACCACAAGCUCACGCAGCUCUACUUGGUCUUUAGCAUUGCCGGCCUGUCUAGUGAGCAGCCUGACUUCCAACAGUUGGCCGCUUGCGAGACACAAUGGCACAAGUCUUUGGAGGCCAUCUUGAUGGAUAACACCAUGCUCACUCUCCAAUGCCUCAUCCUUGCUUUGAUGUACUGCACCGUCCGAGCCGAUUACAAGCGGUUACAAUACUACAAGGGCAUUGCUGUGGGACUUUCUCAUCGCCUGGGUUUACAUCAGAGCCAGAAGCGCUUCUCCUUCGGUGCUCUGACUAUCGAGACACGAAAGAAGGUGUUCUGGACUCUGUACACACUCGACUGCUUUUCUGCCGCUAUCCUUGGUCUCCCGAAGCUUCUCAAGGAUGAAGACGUCUAUGCCGAGUUCCCAUCAGACACCGACGACGAAUAUGUGACCGAGAAGGGCUUCCAACCAAGCCUUCCUGGCGAACCCACCAGGAUCUCUAGCGCACUUGCCUUGUUCCGGGGAUCCCGGAUCCUGGGCAAGGUCCUUGAGAAGAUCUACCCGGCUGCCACUUCGUACGAGCUCUCACUACAGCAGAUGUCUUCGCUUGAUGGGGAGCUCACCGAGUGGUUUGAAAACCUACCGCAGCACUUGAAGCUCAACUUCAAGCAGGAUAAGCCCUCGACCGAUGUGACAGGUAGCAGGUCUCCUCUCCUUGCCCUUGCCUACUAUUACACUCGAAUCCUCAUCUAUCGGCCGGCUAUUGCAUCUAGCCUGGGCCCGAAGGCUGCUCCUGCACUCAUGUCUGUUGCCGAAUCCAGCAAGAGCAUUGUGCAAAUUGUCCAACUGCUGGAAGAGAGAUCCAUGUCCUUCUCUUUCUGCCUCAACAAGGCGGACAUUUUGAUUGUCUGCGGUAUGGCAUUGCUGUAUCAGACACUGGGACUCAAGCACGACAGCAAAGUGUUGAAGGAUAACGAAAGACUGGUCAACGCUGUUAUCAAGAUCGUCACCAAGGUGAACGCUCCGGGAUCCUAUGAUUUCAAGAGGGUCGCUGGAAUGCUGGUUACCGUCGAGGAAUCUCUUCCCCAGUCUUUGCCGACACCCCCUAGACAGAGCCCGGAGGCUUGUAUGCCCACCCCACCGGCGCAGCAAGGGUCCCCUUCACCUUCAACUGUUGAUCGUAGCGCUCAGCCAACCCUUGGCCGUCACCAUAGCGCUAGCUUGAGCGAAACGGACCUUAUCAUGCAGCGGGACAAGCUACUCGCGAUGACUAUGCACCAACAACAACAACAUCAGCAACUUCAACAGCAGCACAGGAACGAGCUUUACCGCGCCCGUUCUCAGACGUCAUUCGAUAACUUACGACAAGAUGCGCAACAAGUGCGACCUCAUCAUCGUCACUCUUUAAGUCAAGCUCAAGUCGCCCAAGUCACGCUUAUGGGACUCGCCCGUUUCCCCGGUGCAGAUGCGCAGUCAACCGCAUCAGCCCCAGCAGCAGCAGCAGCAGCAGCAACAAAUGCAGCGUCCCGUGAGCAGCAGCAGCAGCAGCAACAACAGCAACAACAGCAACAACAGCAACAGCAGCAACAACAACGUUCUUCCACGGCAUCUUCUCACUCUCAGCAAGGCCAAAUGUACCCGCAGAAGACGUCAGCAGGCAUGUCGACAGCUGAGUGGGAGGCGCUGGUAAGAUCGUUGGACGGUGGACCGGUCAGUCUCUAUACUGCGAUUUACGGGGGCCCAGCUUUGGCACCCUUGGAGACGCCUUCGUCUGCUACACCAACGUCGGCCACGACAUGGGGGCAAGAUCCAUGGGAUAUGUCUUCAUUCAAUCUAGGUGACUUUGUCCAAGGCGCUCCAACGGCACAAAGUGUUCUCAGUUUGAGUGAGGAAAGUAUCUCCUCUUGCGAUGAUCUCACGCCCGGCGGCGACAUGGGUCUGAAUAACGGAAAUGUGGAUUAUCGCAACACACUACUGCCCGUGAACUCGGCGGGCACAAACAAUUUUCUUUUGGAUGGACUACACGGGUAUGGACUAUAA